AUGGCCGGCGACAAGAAUGAAAUCAACACGAAAACUGAAGGCGUUUUGGAUGCGAGUUCACCACUCUACAUCCAUCCGUCUGACUACCCGAAACAACUUCACGUCAAUGAUAAUCUUACAGAUAGCAGCUAUGUUGAUUGGUCACAGGAGAUACUUAACUUUCUGUUUGCAAAGAACAAAGUUGGGCUAAUUGAUGGAACCCUCAAGAAACCCUACAAGACUGCCAUUGAUUUCAUGGCAUGGAUGCAUGCAGAUGCCAUGGUGAAAGGUUGGUUAAUUACCGCAAUGGAAAAGGACAACAGAAGUAGUGUUAAAUAUGUUAGCACCAGUAUCUGGAAUGAUCUUCUCAAAAGAUUUUGUAAGCAAAGCGCCCCUAGGGCCAAUGGAUUAAAACAAUCCCUUGCCACUAUGAGGAAAGACGGUUCCUCUAUUUCUUUGUAUUACACACGACUACGCAGCCUGUGGGAUGAAAUUCAUUCCGUGUUGCGAACCCCCAUGCACCUGUAG